UAUGGAGAUGUGGGACUAUAAAUAGGAGGGAUGAAGCCAGCACAGAUCAGAUUGUCUCUACACAGACCUCCACAGCACACACAUCCAACCAUGGCACCGACAAUCACUGCAGCAAUGACCAACUCUGAGGAGCAUCUGACUCUGACACACAAGCUGAGAAAGCCUCUGGUUGAGAAGCUCCGCAGAGAGCGAAUCAACAGCAGCAUCGAGCAGCUCAAGUCUCUCCUGGGUCCAGAGUUCCUCCAACAGCAGCCAGACUCCAAGAUGGAGAAAGCAGACAUCCUGGAGAUGACAGUGUGUUUUCUGAGACGACUGCAGCAGCAGCAGCAGAAUCACGUUGUGGACUCAGCAGCUGUUGAUCAGGGCUACUCUAGAUGCGCCCAGAAGGUGGUGAACUUCCUGUCCAAGGAGGAGGUGCAGACCCAGUCCCAGAGAAGACUGAAGAACCACUUCAACAAGCUCCAGUCUUCAUCUGAUAUGAAAGAGGAGGACUUCUGUCUCCAGAGAUCCACAGUCCAGACCAGCAUCACCAAAGACAAGAGUCCAGUCAGCAGCGCCCCCUGGAGGCCGUGGUAGACACCUACAGACUGGACAGAUGAUUGGACUUUCUG